AACAUUAUUCCUUGUCUUUUUUUUAUUCGGUUAUAAAUAAUCGUUAUCGAAUGCAACGUGUUAUUAUGUUUUUAGAAAUUCAUUACUUUUAGGAGUUUUAAAAAGAAUUUUACUGACUAGUGACUCCUAAAGUCGUUUAAUGUAAGCAUGUCGGAAACACCUGGGGAAUCAAGCACUGAUAAUGAAGAAGCUGGAAAGAAGAAAAAAUCUGUUCUUGAAGAUAAAAGCAAAGAUGAUCUCAUUCAGAUUGUUAAAAAACAGUUGAAUUUACUUCAAAAAGCAAAAGGAAAAAGUGAUGAAUUGAACAGGAAAUGCACUGUUUUGGAGAAUGAAGUAGAAAAUCAUGCUAAACAUGAAGAAGAAUUACAAGACCAAAUUAAAAUCCAUGAAAAAGAAAUUGUUAAACUAAAGCAAAUCAAUGAUAAUUUUUCUAUUGAAAAAGAGCAUGAAAUUUCUGAAUUCAAAGAAAAGAUUGACUCGUAUGAAAAAGAAAAACUAAUUGCAUUAUCACAGUUACAUGAAAAAGAUGAGCAGGUAGAAUGCCUUUCAAUGCAGCUGGAUACUGUGAAAAAAACUUGUCAGUGUCUCCAAGAAGAACUUAUGAAAUACCAAAAACUUUGUGAGGAAUUGAAAGUAGAAGUGAAAACUACAUCUGAUGCUCGGGAUACUGCAGUGCAAUCUCUUAAGGAUCAAAAUCUUCUUUUUGAAAACAAACUUAAAGAAUAUUCCAUGCUAUAUAAUGAAUCAGUUGAAAUAAAAAAUAAAUACUCUUUGUGCAUUGAAGAAAAUUGUACUCUAAACUCAAAACUGGAAGAGUCAAACCAGUUAAUAAAUGAUCUUCAGACUCUGAAUAAGGAUCUCUUGGUUCAAAAAACAGAAAUAUCUGAACGUUUAGAAAAAUCUGAAAAAACUCCCAACAGCACAUGGCAAAAUGAUUCAGAAAUCUCUUUUCUUAUUGCAGAUAACCAAAAACUUCUCUUGGAAUUAAAUAACUUAAAAGAAGAGAAUCGAGAGUUGAAAGAAAAAAUUAUUCCUUUUGAGAACAAUGUUGGAAAAGGCUCUACUGUGGAUGAUGGUCAAAACAAUCAAAAUGCAUCAGACAAUAAAGUUCUUAAAACUCAGCAAGAACUUAACAGUAUGCAAACAAUUUUAUGUGAUCUUGAGAGUGUUAACAAUAGUUUGAAACGUGAAAAUGAAACUUUGAAAGAAGAAUAUCAAACUAUACUUUUAGAGCUUGGAGAAAUCAAAAACAUUCACAAGGACAUUGAGAACAAACUAGAAACUUGUACAAAUGAGAAACUGAACCUUGAAAGCGAAGUAAAAAAAUUAUCAUCAAUUUUGAACGAAAUGGGUGAUUCGAAAUCCGGCUUUGAGCUCGCUCUUUUGCAUGGGGCAGAAUCUGAAAGUUUAAAGCAGCAUUCCAUCCCUAGAUCCGAUGAUGAUCAGCCCACUAAAGUAAAUAAACAAGAACUAACUGAAAACCUUGUCUCAGAGUCCUCUAUUAUGUCUGAAGAAGUAAAUUUUUCAUCUUUUGGAUUUGAAUAUGCACUAUUAGAUGGGGGCUCUAUUUCAGGAAUGUGUGUAAAUUCAAUUCAAUCUGAAGGCUCUGUUGAUGAAAUUGUAAAUAUGUCUCAAAACUGCACAACUGAUCAGGGUACAACAUUUGAAGAGAAAAAGCCAGAUAAAUGCAUGGAAAAUGAAAUUAUUUUAUUGAGAGAAAGGCUAGAAAUGUAUGCAGAAUCUUUGAAAGAAACCCUUGAGGAAAAUGAAUCACUCAAACUGAAAAUGGAAGAGUAUGAAAAUGAAAAGUCUAGGAAAUAUGAUUCCUUAGUUGAAGUUUUCACUAACACUGAAACGAAUUUUAUUGAAACUAGUGUUUUUGAGGAAAAUGUUUCUAAAUUAGCAAAUUGUGAAAAUGUGAUACUUACUUUAAGACAAGAAAACAGUAAUCUAAAUGAGAAAAUUUCACAGUUAGAAACAAAUUUAAAUUCUAUUGUUGAAGAGCACAAUGGUUUUCAAAAUGAAGUUAACUUAAUGAUAAAAAAUUUGGACGAUUUGAAAAUUUUAAAUUUCCAUCUUGAAGAAAAGGUAAGCAUCUUUGAGAAGGAAAACAGUGAAACAAGUGAGAAAUUGCAGAAAAAGUGUAAAGAGAUAUCUAAUUACCAUACUGAUUUGCAAUUGCUCGGGUUUUACCUAUUAGAAACUAUUGGUCCAAACUCAGUUUUUUGUGGAUCUGAUAAGGAGUUGCUUUGUAGCAAGGAGAGUCUAAAAAUACUGAUAGAAGAGCUUGCUGCUCUCUAUCUCUCAAAUUGUUCUGCACUGAAAGAUUUUGAAGAAAACUUGGAGAAUUGUAAUGAUCAAAAACAAAAAUUGGAAGAAAAAUUCUGUCAUUCAGAAGAGCUAAACAAAUUUUUGGAAGAAGAGGUAAAAGCUUUACAGGAUGAAAUUGAAAAUUUAAAAAAUGAAUCUAACUAUUAUAACAAAAACUACAAUAACUUUUCAGAUACUAUGUGCUCAAGUGGUCCAUCAGAGUUGUAUAGCAUAGAGGAAGCCAAUGAAAGUGAAGAAAAAGGCAUGGUGGGGGAAUGUUUACAAAAUCAAGAUGCUUCAGGGUCGUUUAAUGAGAAUGUUGAUACUUUUACAAAUAACAGUGCCUUGCAUAUUACAGAGAUUGAUACGCUGACAGAAGAACAAGAAGCAUCUAAAGAUAUUUCUAUACAAACAGAUGUGUUUUUUCAAGAACAGUUUAAUAACAGUCUUAAGGCAACUUCUAAUAAUGAAUCAUCAGUUGAUUCAGAAAGCAUACAAAUAAUUGAGGAUGCUAUAAACUAUUCUUCUUUUGAGGCAGAUAAAUUGAAGCUAGAAACUUCCUUGAAAUAUAAAUCUGAUGAAGUUGAAAGUUUGUUAAAGGAAAUCGCAAUAAAAAAUGACGAUUUAUUAAAAUCAGCAAAUAAAAUAACAGAACUUCAAGAAAAAUUUAAAGAUUUACUCAAUGAAGUUGAUUCAAAUAAAAUAGCUUUACAUCAAAUUAGCGAUUUGAUAAGUGCAUUAAAAACUGAGAAAUGCAAACUUAAAUCAGAUGUUGCUUUGUUAAUGACUGAUCAAAACAAUUCAUGGCAAAUUUCUUCUGAAAAUAUCCUUUUAUCAUUGAACAACUUCUCUGAAGCAUUUCAUUUAUCGCAUCAAAAAUGUAUUUAUUUUGAAAGAAUUACAGAAAGCUUAAUUUCAUACUUCGAUAACUUUGCAAAUGAUUUCAAUGUAUGGCUAACUACACUCAAAGAAACGGGUGAUGAAUUUAUUUCUAGUAAUAAAUUGCAAUUGUUCCAAGAAACUUCUAAACAAAACUUUUUUAACUUUUUUAAACCACCACCUGAUUGUCUAAUAUUGAAUGAGUGUGACACUCUUAUUAAGGAUAUAGAAAAAUUUGAUAUCAACAAGCAGAAAAUGUUUGAUUUAUUUUGCAAUUAUGUGAUUACAAAUGAAAAAACUUUAAUGAACUUAAAGGAACAACUGAACGAUUACACACUUAAUAACUCAAAUAAACUAGAAUGCGAUAAUGUACAACAGGCUAACAGUUGUAAUGAAGAAACUGUUGCUAAAAGUCAGUUAAUUGAAGCAGAAACAAAAUUGAAAAAGCUGAAACAAAUUUCAUUGAAAUUGAAAAAAGAGUUAGAUGAUUCUAAAAAACAGAUAAGGGAAAUUUCAAUUGAAAAGGAAAGGAUACUAAAAGAUUUAACUGUUGCUCGCAAAGAAUUAGAAAAGUCUUCAAACGAACAAUAUCAAUGUAUGCAAAACUACCAGAGCCUACAAAUUGAGUUCGAUAAAACUCAAGAUGAAUUUGAACUUCAAAAGGAAAACAUGAAAAAAUUUCAAGAAGAUUUUUCAGUCACCCUAUUGGAAUUAAAUGCUCUGAAGGAAAAGAUUUUAGAAAAGGAUCUUCAAAUUGCAAAUUCUAAAGAAAUGCUUGAUGCAUCUACUUCCUGCAAAGAAGAGGUUCAGAAACUAUGCCUUGAAUUAGAAGGGAAACUUAUUGUUGCUGAAAGCAAAAAUGAAGAAAAAAUGACCAAAAUACGAGAGUUAGAUUCUGUGAUUGAAGGAAACCUUGAAACCAUAAAAGUGAUGACCACCGAAAAUAAUAAUUUAAAAGAUCAGCUGUCACAAGCUCUAAAAGAUGAAUCAAAGAAAACGCUUUUAGAUUUAGAAAUGGCUGAUUAUGAACGCAGUGUUUCUGAGUUAAAUAGCAAGCUAUCUGCUAAGGAAAUAGAAAUUGCUGAUCUCAAACAAAACUUGUGUUCUGAAAUUGAAAAAUGUGAAAGCCUGCAGGAAGAAAUAAAAAGUACAGAAACAUUGAAGGAAACUCAAGAGAAGAGAGCUGCUAAUCUUAAGGAUGUUCUUGAUAGAACUAAAGCUGAAUUGUUUGUCGCAAAAGAAUUGGAAACUGAUUUAUUAGCUAAGGUUUCUUCUCUGCAAUUACAAUUAGAAAUAAUAAUGCAGCAAGAAGAAAAUUAUAAAUUACAGUUAUCUGAGUCAUCUUCCGAAAUUCAGCAUUUAAAAGAAAUGCUCAAAACAUCAUCAGAAAAUAAUCAACGAAUUGUACGCUCCCUUGAAUCCAAAAUUGCUAUUCACCAACAAGACAAAAUUUCUUCUGACAGAGAAGUUGAAGCUAUCAAACAAGAAUUUGAAAAUUAUAAGGUUCGAGUUCAUAGCGUGUUAAGACAACAAAAAUCGGGAACUCCAUCAGUUUCACCCAUUGACUCGGAUCUGAAGGAAAAGCUUGAGACAAUAGUAGACAAACUAAAAAUACAAGUGAAGGAUCUAAAUGAAAAAUUAACUGCUGUGUCACUAGAGCAUGAGACUCUACAAGAAGAAUAUGAAAAUCUUUUACAGAGGUAUAAUAAAGCUAUGGAUGAAAAAGCAAAAAAGGACUCUGAAUGGCAUUCUAGAUUGGAACAAUUGAAUACUGAAAAGAAUCAAUUGCGAAUAGCACAAGAAAAUUUAUCUUCUCAACAUUUACUUCAAAAUGAAAUGUUAGUUUCAACUUAUAAGAAACAAAUCAAAAUAAUGAGUGAGGAACACAAGCAUACUAUAAAUGAACUGCAAAAACAGCUUGAAUCUUCUGAUCUUGAAAUCUCCAGACUACAGAGAGAUCAACAAAAGAGCUAUGGGACACCGGCAUCUUCAUGCAAUGAAACUCCACUACCAUUUGAUAUUCUCUCUCAAGAGAGACAAGAAGGAGAGGGUUCAGAGUGUACUGAUGAUGUGAGCACUCCUAUUCAUCCAUUAUCUUUGAGUACUAUUCCAACUUCUGGUUUCUUGCCCUUUGAAAAGUUAUUGCAGACAUCUCUUGAACCAGGAACUCCCAUUAACUUCAUGCAAUGUAAUGAUUGUGAAAAACUUAUUUCUGAUUUAAAUGUUGCAAAUAAGAAGAUUGAUCAUCUUAGUGAAGUUCUGAAUGAAAGUGAAAGUACGAAUUUACGCAUGAGUGAACAAGUACGUGUUCUGAAAGAAGAAGUCCGACGAUUGGAAAGAAACAAAGAGAGGGAAGAACAUGCUGAAAAUUUAGAAUAUUUAAAAAACAUUUUUAUUAAAUUUUCCACUCUGCAGGCAAGUGCUGAGAAGGCAAUGCUAAUACCAGUUUUGACAACAAUGUUAAAGUUAAGUCCAUCCGAACAGCAACAACUGAAAAAUAUUGCUGGUGAUGCUGAAACUAACGAUUCUUCUAACAGUGGUUGGGGGAGCUAUCUCCAUAGGUGGUCAGGAAUUGCCUGAAACAUUUUGUUCAGAUAUUAGGAGAAUAGGGUUUAGUUUGCACUUUAUAAUAAAAAAUAUGACCAUCGAAAGUCUGUACACAUAUUUUUAAGGAUGCUUUUUUAUAUUUAUAGAAGGUUCUUAAUGAACAGGUCGUAUAAGGUUUACUUUAUUAAAUGGUGAACGUCGGUGAUAUUUAUUAUUUGAUGCACGUGUUAUUUUUUUUAUGUAUAUUUUUGAGAUUCGUUAGUUGUUAUAUGGCCAGUAUUAAUUAAUAUUUAAAAAGUGAAGAAAUAUUAAAAUCGUUAAACUAAUUUAUUUAUAAUGAUUUUUUGCCUAAAACUUUAUAAAUCUGUAAACAGUUAAAUUGAACACCUUUUAAAGAAUGUAUUUUGAAAAUUAACCAAAUAUUAAAAAGUUGUGUUGGAAAGCCAAAUUAUUUCUCAAGAUUCAUUAAAUUAUGAUGAUCUAAUAAUUAUGUUGUCUUUUUUGUAUAAUCAUGUAUUAUAUAUUUGUAUUAUUUAAGAAAUAUUUACACGCAUUAAAACAGAUAAUUUUGUAUGUUUUUUUUCCACUUGUACGCAUAUUACUCCUACCUACUUGUCACUCAAAUGUAAUUUACUAGCUGUCUACUUCUUCUUGUAACUGACUGAUGUUUUUAGGUGCAAACUAUUAUUUUUAAAAACAUUCCGUUUUCUACAGCUUGAGAGAAAUGUAUUUUUUUAUUCCAUUACUUUUUUUAUUAUUAUAAUUUAAAAUCUUGAAGUAUGAAUAUUUAAACAAACCGUUUUCAAACUUAAAUUACAUUCUUAAAAAACCAACUUUAUGAAAACUUUCAAAAUGGAUGUUUUCAAAAUUCUCUUAUGACUUUAAACACCAAUAACCUGUAUAACAAGUUUUGUGAUAGUGAUACUUUACUAUUUGCCUUGCCAUAUAUAGAAAGCUGAAAUAUGUCAAAAAACGCUGUUAUUCAAUUAUUUUAUUACACUUUAUUUAUAACAUUUAUUUAGAAUUUAUAUUAAGAGUUUAUAAAUGUAAUCUUUAAGCUUUGUGAAUGAAGUUUUUUUCAACAAUACCUUCAACAAAAGGAUGAAUAACGCUCAUAUUAAAAUAACUAUUGUAAUUUAAAUUUCUAAAAUUUCAUUCAAAUCACACUAUUUGAAUUAAAUAGCUUAGUUUUGUAUUGACAUUUAACAUUAUGAUACUAAUUCUCCAUAAAAUUAUGAUAAAAUCUCCAUUACAUCAAACCUUCUUUACAACUUGAGGGUAAUAUUAAACUUUAUACUUCAGUCUUUAGGGUUUCUUAUUUUAUUGCUUCUUUAGAUCAAAAUUGGUAAUAAAAUUUAGUAUACAUCAGAGAGGAAAUGCAAAUCAAGUAAAAAACCAGUGCCUACUAUAUUUAAAUUUUCAUAUAAUCAUAAACAUUUUAUUCUGUAUCAUUUAAUAAAAUUCCAAAUAGCCCUCCCCUUCCUUAAAGAAAUUUGGUGUUAUUUUUUAAAAACCUUUUCUGAUUUCACUACUUUGAAAUUAGCUUUCUGCAACUUUAUGCUUUUGUGUUGACAAAUUUGUAACAAUAGUCACUUCCCAGUUCUAUUAGUGAAGAAUAAUUCUUUACAUUUUUCAAGUCAAGCUAUCAGAAUCAUGUUUUCCUUUUAUUUUUCUUUCUCCCUUUUUCAUUCUUUGUGUUUUAUUUAAUAGCUACUGUAAAUUUCAAUGCUUGCUUACUCUGAAACAAUUUGUAAUUUUUUAAAUGCUGGCAACCAAAUCCUAGGCGUAGGAAUUGGUACAUAAAACUCAAGAAAUUAUAGAAAUAGUAGUUGGCUUAAUUCAGUUUCUUGUAGGAAUCCUACUUUGGUAUAUUUAUAUACCGAAAGAAAAAAUAACUAAUUGCGCUUUAAAAUAGAAUAAAAAAUUCUUUUUUUUUCGAAUAGUUUUUUUUAAAAAAUGUAUAUCAAAUGCUUUUAUUGAUAAUAAAUUAAAAAUAGUGCAGUAGAGCACUGAUUAUCACGUUCAAUCAAAAAGCUGAAUAAUCGGACAACUUCCCUUAAAAUUUUUUCAACAGGGCAAGUCUUCUAUAAAAUUUUCACUGUGUGUUAAGUUUGCCACCCACAUUGAAACUAGGUGGAAUGAAUGAAAGAUUCUUUUCAAGGUCACCAAGGGGCAGAAGAAACCAUUUUUCGAUGUUUUUAAUAUAUUUUGGAAAUAAAAAAGCAUCUUCAAAAUUUUUUUUAAUAAUUUUUUUUUUUUGGGGGGGGGGCGAAGUUAAGAGGAAAACAUGUGGUCCUUUAUCAGGAUAACUGCACAAUUUGGUAAAUUGGUGCUCUACUAUACUUGUAACUCAACUUGUUGGAAAUUUAAAUAUAUUUAUAUAAUUCCUGUUCCAAUAAACGUUUCUCGAACAGCGUAUUUGUUAUCUUUACGAACUGCUUCAUAUAUCUCUUAGCGUUUUAAGUUUCUGUUUUACACCACAAUAGCAGUUUAUUUUUUAAAAGUAUAAGUUUUAAACUUUUUCACCA